AUGACCAGCUCGCAUUCACCUUCUUCAUCGCAAGAUCCGGCAAACCCAACACCGCUUCUCCUCGCUGCACCACCACAGGCCUCAACAGCAUCUUCUCGACGCCUCCCACCUCCGUGCUGGUCCCAAGACGAAACUGCAGCGCUUAUCGAUGCGUAUCGUGAUAAAUGGUACUCUCUCCGACGAGGCAAUUUACGCGCCUCACACUGGCAGGAAGUCGCCGAUGACGUCGCGACUCGAUGCCCCUUGUCAUCUGGGAUCCCGCAGAAGACAUCUAUUCAGUGCCGUCACAAGAUGGAGAAACUCAGAAAACGUUACCGUGCAGAGAUCCAACGCGCCGCCGCUACCCCCAAAGGCCACCGGUAUCCCUCCUCAUGGGUUCACUUUAAACGGAUGGAUUUGAUGGAAAAGGGAUCCUCUUCUUCCGAUCCCGAUGCGAUGAAUCAGGAUGAGGAUGAUGAGGAAGAAGGAGAACGAGACGUUGACAAUCAAGACGGUUUGUUAUUAUACCCUAGAGGAAUCAAACAAGCGAUCCCUCUCCCCCCAAACCAACGAUUUUACAGUUCGAUUGAUAAUGGUACCGGACCCUUAAACGGAAACGAAAACGGGUUUCGGAUUAAGAUUCCCGGCCGGGCUAACACCGCAGCCGUUCCACCGCCACCGGCCGGGAUAAAUAUGUAUAAUAACAAUAAUAGCGCAUACGACGACUACCCACCUCCCGUGAAGUCAAAUUACGGAUUAGGAAAGGGUUUGAGAGAUGGGUAUGCUAAGGGAGGGUUUGGAAUUGGGAAGGAUAGAGGUGGCGGAAUCAAGAGGAGGGAAGAGGUGACCGGAAAUAGCAAUAAUCCGGUGGAGGAUAUGGUGACAGCUAUAAAGAUGUUGGGAGAUGGGUUUAUGAGGAUAGAGAGGAUGAAGAUGGACAUGGCAAGGGAGCUUGAAUCCAUGCGAAUGGAAAUGGAGAUGAAACGGACAGAGAUGAUUCUGGAUUCACAGCAGAGACUUGUGGAUUCGUUUUCAAAAGCAGUUUUUGAAAAGAACAAGAAGGUGAAGAGGAUGCCUACACCAGAGUCUUGA